CCCUGGCGUCUGCUGGCAUUCGUAGCGAGCUCGAGAAAGCAGACGGUCGUGUUUCCUACCGCUGACAGACGAACAUUACACACAACGAUGGCAAACCAAAAGGCAGUGGACAAUAUAUUGGAUUGUGUGCGCGAGGCUUUUGACAAGAUGGACACGGAUGACAACGGUACAGUCACGUUCGGCGAAUUCAAGGUGUUCUGUGACGGGAUAGAUGGGAUGGAAGAAGUAGCGCAAACGUUCAACACAUACGACACCUCCGACGACUCGCGACUCUCACUGCAAGAGCUCAAUGAUUACGUCACAGGAAAAGUUCCUAAAGAUAAGAUUGAGAAGUGUCACGUGAGGAGACUGUUUAAAAAAACGGACAAGAGCGGCGACGGGAAGCUUGACCGCAAUGAGUUCCGCGCGUUGUUAACGGACUGUGGCUACAGCGAAACGGUCAUCGACAACACUAUCGACGCAGUUGCUGGAGACGACGGUAUGGUCACUCUGCAGGAAUUCCUGGACAAGUGGGAAAACGACGAGUAGUUAUCUCCCUUGUUUAUGACACUCGCCCGUAGUCUAGUUAUCUCCUUGAUAGGACGUAUGAAGAGUCAUCGCCCUUGACGAUGCGUUUCGAUUUUUGACCGUUUCGCCUCGCCUUCUUGACUGAGUCACCCACUCAUUGAAUCUCCAGGCUUCACAUCGGCUUCACAUCGGCUUCACAUCGGCUCCGCUGUCAAUCCAACUGGCCGAGGCCUUAUCUGUUGCUUAAGCACCCUCAGAAACAUUAUCUAUAUGACGGCAGCCUGAACUGGACCAGACAAUCCAGUGAGUGGGGCAGGGUUGAUGGGUGCUGCGUCUUGUCAAUGGCGAUGCCGGACAUCUACGAGGGGGGUCUGCUCCAUCAAUCACGAUGUCAAUGCAAUGAACGUUAGUUCCUUUUUUUCAAUACUCCGUGCGCCUUGACCAUCUCGCGUCAUGCAGCGGUCAACACACAGACCACUCGGCCGCUGUGAAACUCGCGCCAUCAUCCCCUGUCUCGAGGGAGUCGGCAAGCCAUGGUCAAGGCUUCUCAGCAGUAUAUACUUAAUGCUAUAUCAUGUAAUCUGUAUAAAUCAUAAUGUGCUUA